UGUGGUCCAACCUGUCUAAACCGAUGUUCGAUGACUGAGUGUAACGAAAGCACAUGCAGUAUUGGGACUGACUGCACCAAUCGCAUGAUUACGAAUCUUCAGCCCGAGAAGGUUUACGAGGCCCUGGAGAUACUUGAGAUACCAUAUCAAGGAUAUGGACUCGCGAGUAAGGUUGAUCUGCCCGGCGAAAGUAUUGUAAUAGAGUACACAGGCGAGGUAAUAGUAGAGUCCGAGAAGCAACGUCGUUGGGCCGAGUAUAAAGACAAACAGCUUUACUACGUUAUGAGCUUGACAGAGGGCUUCUAUAUUGAUGCUACUGCAAAAGGAAACUGGGCUCGCUUCGUCAAUCAUAGUUGCAAUCCUAACUGUGUUGUUAAGCGGAUGAUUGUGGAUAGGAAGCCGAGAAUAGCUUUUGAAACGAUAAAAGCAAUCUCUGCCGGAGAUCAAAUCACCAUUGCUUACGAUUUUGAUCCCACUUAUAAUCCUCAGGGAUGCUUGUGUGGAGAGCCCAACUGCUUUGGUAUUAUUGGGUAUAGAGGUCAAAAAAAGAAAGGGGGAUGA